CGAAGAGAGAGAUUUGAGCUUGGCCGCUGCGAGUUUGUCUUUCUCUCUCUCUCUCUCUGUCUCUGAUAAAUCCCUCUUCCCCCUCUGUUUGUCGCCAUGAUGGGCGGAUAUGGCGUCUUCGAAGUCUGGUUGCCGUGAAGAAGAUGGAGGAAGGAGAGCGGGUGCAGGAGAAGGAGUUGUUGUCAUUUUUGGGGGCUGUUGGUGCCCUUUACCCAGCCAACAGUACGAGUAAAUGGCUGGUUCAUCUCAGGCGUACUGGACAAGACACGUCGGAGGGAAUCCAGAACACGAAAUCGGCGGCAAAAGCGAAACCGAGGAUCGUAAUUUUUGUGGUCCCAGCCACUGGAAGCAGCCUUUUUGUGGUCCCAGCCACUGGAAGCAGCCUCAGGGCAAAAGCGUUAAAGGCCGGAAGGGGUACGAGCGAGCGCGUGUCGCGGUUUUUGCAAGGAGGAAAAGGCGGAGAGAAGAUAGGAGGGAAAAGACAGAUCGUGGACGUCGAUAUAGCUGAUCAACGGCUGGACAGGAGAGUUAAAUUCGCGAAGGAAGCACGGCAGACAGAGGCCGCACGAUUGCCAGCGGCAGCAGCAGCAGCGGGAGGAGGUCAAGCUGAGCGGGAGGGAAGAGGAGAAUCCUGUCGCUGGGAGGAAAUGUCUCGCCAGACAGCAGUGCCGCAUUUCAAAUCGAAGACGCUAAACGACAAAUACCUCCUGGGGGACGAAAUUGGCAAAGGUGCGUAUGGGAGGGUAUAUAAGGGGGUGGAUCUGCAAAAUGGCGAUUUCGUGGCGAUUAAGCAAGUGUCAUUGGAAAACAUUCCGCCGGAAGAUCUUGCGGGCAUUAUGCAGGAGAUCGAUCUGUUGAAGAACCUAAACCACAAGAACAUCGUCAAGUAUCUGGGGUCAUUCAAGACCAAAUCUCAUCUGUACAUCAUAUUGGAGUACGUGGAAAACGGUGCUCUCGCUAGUAUUAUCAAGCCUACCAAGUUCGGCGCCUUCCCAGAAUCCUUGGUGGCUGUCUACAUUGCCCAGGUUUUGGAAGGCCUGGUCUACCUGCACGAGCAGGGUGUCAUCCACAGGGACAUCAAGGGCGCCAACAUUCUCACGACCAAGGAGGGUAUCGUCAAGCUGGCGGAUUUCGGCGUCGCGACGAAGCUGGCCGAGGCCGACUUCCAUACCCAUUCCGUCGUCGGGACCCCGUAUUGGAUGGCCCCGGAGGUGAUCGAGAUGUCGGGAGUCAGCGCGGCCUCGGAUAUCUGGAGUGUGGGGUGCACAAUCAUCGAGUUGCUGACCUGUGUUCCUCCUUACUAUGACUUGCAGCCGAUGCCCGCGCUGUUUCGAAUCGUGCAAGACGAUCAUCCUCCUCUGCCGGAGAAUGCAUCCACCUUGCUGACCGAUUUCCUACAUCAGUGUUUCCGGAAGGAUGGGAAGCUGAGACCGGACGCGAAGACGUUGUUGAGGCAUCCGUGGAUCAAGAGCUCAAGGCGGCAGCUGCAGCAUUCUUGGCGGCAGAAUGGAGGAAUGAAGAGCCACAUGAGUGAACACGUGGCAACCGUAGUGGAGAGGACGAUCGAGGAGGGAGAGUGCGAUGACAGUAUGUCGUCGACGAGACAGGACCUGUCGAUGUCUCUUCCCGCCUCGACGGUGUUGAUGACCAAGGACCCGUUCGACGACUCCGAUUCCGACGAGGAUCGGAAAGGCCUGUCAUCAGGCGCAAGCGUAGCGGGGCCUAGCGGCGGCGGCGGCGGUGGCGGGGGCGCGGGCGGGGAUGGGCCUGGCAGCGUCAGCACUCGGCGCGUUCCGAUUCGAUUGUUGGCGGCCCGCGCCGCUCGACCUGCAGUGUCGGAAGCCAGCGAGGUUGUUGGCGGUGGGGGCGUUGCGUCGGGACAAGCCGACACCUGUCAGUCGCGACUGAAGGAGGUCGGGGUUGGCGGGGCACAGAAGGCCGCGGCGGCGGUGGGGCGGCUUUCCGAAAUCCCCCAGUCGAACGCGGCCGUGCCGCGGACACGUGGCGAUCACUCGAGGCCUCCCCCUCACGACGACUUGCCGGGCGGGCUAUCGCAACGAGAUGCUGGCAGCGUGGGCAGCCAGAGCGCGAGAAGCGCGGGAACGAGCACGGCGAGGGAGGGAGAGCAGGAGAAGUGGGCGAUGGAGGGGGAAAGUCUGAGCGCGCGAGUGCGGAGUACGAAUUCCCGCGCUUGGAAAGAGGAGUUGCCCGGCCGCGGGAGCAAAGUGGAAGGGCGGGAAUUGUUCGCGAAACAGGCGGCGGAAAUCCGGCGGCUCGUACAGCUGCUAAGACCGGACCAGGAAGAGGGCGUCAUACUGUCCACGUGUCAGAAACUCGUCGAGAUCUUUCGCGAUUUCCCCGAGCAGAAGUCCCUCCUCAUCACCACCCACGGGGUCAUUCCUAUCAUCGAGAUGCUUGAUAGUGUGAACACCGAGGUGCUCAAUGCCAUCCUGCAAGUGGUUAAUCAGAUAAUCAAGGACAACGUGGAAUUUCAGGAGAACCUGUGCUUAGUCGGGCUCAUCCCGACCGUGAUGAGGUUCGCUUCGCUCGAAUUCCCGAGGGCCAUUCGGAUGCAAUCGGCCUACUUUGUGCGGCAGAUGUGUCACACAAGCACCCUCACACUUCAGAUGUUUGUCGCCUGCCGAGGGCUCCCCGUUCUCGUGCAGUUCCUUGAACCGGACUACAUCGAGUACAGGGACAUGAUUCACACGGCCCUCGAAGGGAUGUGGAGGGUGUUUGAGCUCCACGGCCCCACACCGAGGAACGACUUCUGCAGACUGUUUGCCAAAAGCGGAGUGAUGGACAAGCUGGUACAGACACUGCAGUGUCUGAAUGAUGUAGUGCGGUUCGCGGGUGGUGGAGGGGGAAGGCGGGGCAGCGUUGCAACGGAUGCAGAUCGAGGGAGCGAGCUGGGAGGAGGAGGAGGAGGAGGAGGAGGAGGAGGAAACGGGGCCUCGAGUGUCUUCUUUUCUCUGAGGAAAACAAGCGCUGAGUUCACUGACAUCUCAAUCUUGCUGGAUGACAACAAGGAAAACGCCGCCGCCGGUGGCGGGGUGUCACCUUCGCCUCGCAAAUCCACUGCCACUGCGGCAGACACGAGCGUGGUCGUCGGGACCGGCACAACAUCGCCGCCAUCGCGCAAGCUCGGUUCCGCCUCUGCAGGUGGGGAAUUCGACAUCUCCUCCUCUGGUAACCACUCGACUCGCGUAUCGUUGUCAUCUCCCACGUCGAAGAGAUCGGCGAGGGUAUCUGGUGGCCGGCAUAGUAACGGCAUGGAUGCGGCGCACAGGAUGGAGCCACCUGUCAAUGUCGACGUGGCAAGAGAGUAUCUUGUAAAGGUUGCGGAUUUGCUGCUGGAGUUCUCUCGCGGAGACACUGUCGUGAAGACCCAUAUGUGCAGCUUCAGCUCACUCCAUGGACUGUUCAAAAUGCUAGAUUUGCUGGAAUCUCCGAUCCUGGUCAAGAUUUUGAAAUGCAUCAAUCAGCUGACGACAGACCCGAUCACUCUAGAACACCUGCAGCGUGCAGGUGCCAUUUUGCAUCUGGUACCUUUCCUGAAGAAAGGCGACGAGGGGCCGCUGACCAUGGAACUCGUGACGCAGGCCUUAACUGGGUUGUGCAAUCUGUGUAAAGUCAACAAGACCAGGCAGGAACAUGCGGUUUCGGCGGGAAUCAUACCCCACUUGAAGCACCUGAUUCAGACCAAUUCGCCGCUGAAACAGCUGGCAAUGCCUCUACUGUGCGACUUGGCGCAUGUGUCGCGGCACACGAGGCAGGAGCUCUGGGCCAACGGUUGCCUCGAGUUUUACCUGGAUCUGCUUAAGGAGGAGCAGUGGGCGAGGACAGCCUUGGAUUCGGUAGCAAACUGGCUGGCGUCGGAGACGGAGCAGAAGCGGGUCGAAGAGGCGCUGCUGAAGCAGGAGUCCCUGGACAAGCUGGUGACUUUCUUCAAGUCUUGCUGCGUACCGUCGAUCGGCAACAUACUCGAGCCGUUCCUGAAGAUUAUAACCAAGUCUACGAAGCUAAAUAAAGCACUUUCGACGUCUGGGCUGACGCCGCUCCUGGUCUCACGAUUGGAGGAAGGGGACGCGAUCGUGUGCCUCAAUCUGCUGAAGAUCAUCAGGGCGAUGUACCAGCAUCACCCAAGGCCAAAGCAGAUGAUUGUGGAGCAUGAUCUGCCCAGGAAGCUUCAAUUACUGGUUGAGGAAACUAGGGAUGGAGAGAUCGUUCUCGUCAAACAGAUGGCUUCGUCUCUUCUUAAAGCCCUUAACAUUAACACAGUCUUGUAAUUGUGAAUACUGCAUUUCUGCAGGUGGUUUUCUUGCACCCCCCUCCCCCCCUCCCCCCCUCUCCCCCCAGAUCCUCCUCUUCAAAUUUCCAAAACCCUGUCGUGCUAUCCCCCUCGUCAUCCGUCUUGACAUUCACCGGACUUGUAGUAGUUCUUAUAUGUCGUAAAGCACAGUUCUGCACAUGGAUAGCCUUUUCUCAUCUCGAGGCCUGUUAAUGCUGUCGACCGUAAACAACCGUUAACAACCGUUAACAACCGUUAACAACCGUUAACAACCGUUAACAACGGCCACAACAGCAGCAGCAGCAGCAGCAGGGGUGGUAGCAGUGUUUUAAUAAGUGUGCGCAAUGCAGGCUUGGAGAUGCCUUCAUUUUGCUACCUUCACCCCCUCUCAUCCUCUAUUUUACUUAUUGUAAACGAUAGUCCCUUUGAUGGGUUGUGGGUGUGGCAAUGCAGCCCUAACAGAAGAGCUUUUGACGUUGCGAGUCCCUUCGAAUGUUCAUGUAAUUCACACGCAAGAAACACAACAACAAGAACAACGGCAGAAACGACAAUAAUAACAACAAAUGCAACAACCUAAC